AUAAUUUAAAUCUUCCAAUCGAAACAGGCCGUGAAAAACCAUAUACAACGUUGAGACUUUCUAGAUUUCAGUAAGGUGAUGUACACUGUUGAGUUCACACGGCUUCGCUUGGGGAUUUCCGACAAGCGUUCUGUCGCUGUCGCCGAGUGUGGUUCGGUGGAAGGCGCGCACAAGAAUUGUGCGUCUCGAGUUCAGUCGUUGUUACAACUCGAGUGCGACCGAACUCGCUGCGCUAAUUAUUGAUCAAGAAAAUAAUACACGUUAUACACCAAUCAGUUUUCCAACUUGAUUUAUUACAACAAUGCCACGAACACGCAGGGGGGCUAAUUUGAGUCGUCAAACAAACAGAUCUAGAGGCAUGCAAGAUAGAAGAGCAAUAAGAUCAGAUGCAGAAAGGCAACAAAGUAAUGCAGAUGUCCGUGUAAGAAUGGCGCAGUUACGUGCAUCACAAUUACAAGAGGUACGAGAUGAGCGAAACUAACAAAGACAAUUGGAACGAAGAGAAGCGCGCAGAUUCGUAGCCAACAGACGUAGAGGGAUUGACCAACAUCAACAAGUACUUCGAGCAUUUACAUCACAUUCAUUUCUUCGACUAGCAUUUCAGUAUGAGCCUGAUGUUGAAUAUUACGCUCAUUCCAAAGUGGUAAUUGGUACAUUGGACAAGGAAUGCCCGCACUGUCAAGCCCUUAAAUUUAAAAAUGAGCCAAUUGGGAUGUGUUGCUCAUCAGGAAAAGUGAAACUUCCAGAAAUUGAAACACCGCCGGAACCAUUGCACGGCCUCCUUAUUGGUACUGAUCCAAAUUCUUCGCUGUUCUUGCGUUCAAUUCGGCAAUUCAAUUCAUGUUUUCAAAUGACAUCGUUCGGAGCAACGGAAAUAGUUAAAAAUACUGCUGCAAAUGGUCAACAAUUUAAUUCCACAUUCAAAAUCAAAGGCCAAAUUUACCACAAAGUCGGCUCAAUACUACCAAUGCCAAACGAACCUUAUAUAUUUUUACAAAUUUACUUUAUGGGUGGCGAGGACUCCGAACGGGCACUCGCCAAUCGCGUGAAUACACGUUGCAACUAUAAUCACCUCAAUUCACCAUUUGCAACGCGCAUUGUCAGCGAGCUGGACGCUCUGUUAAAUGAGCACAACGAAUUGUUGAAAUUAUUCAAAUCACAUAUGCAUAAGCUACAAAGUGACAAUCACGCUAUUUUCAUCAAUCCUGAUAGAACACCAGCUGGAGGGCAUAUACGUCGAUUCAACGCACCUGUUGUUGACGACGUGGCUGGAAUCAUGGUUGGCGACCAUACAGCUACGCGACAAAUCGUGAUUCGAACAAGAAAUAAUUCUCUUCAGUCCAUUCCUGAUACCCAUCGUUUAUAUGAUGCUCUCCAAUAUCCACUCAUUUUUUGGAAGGGACAAGACGGAUAUUGCAUAAACCUUAAGCAACGAGAUCCGGUAACAGGAACCGAAGCAAACAAGAAUAUUAGCUUAAAGGAUUUCUAUUCGUUUCGGUUGAUGAUUAGACGUGGUCAGGAUAAUAUCAUUCUACGAUGUCGUGAGCUUUGCCAACAAUUUAUGGUCGAUAUGUACGUCAAGAUAGAGAGUGAACGACUACGAUACCUGCGAUUUAACCAACAGAAGCUGCGUGCGGAAGAAUACAUUCACUUGCGAGAUGCUAUUGCCAGCAACGCUGAUACUGCCGAAAUCGGUAACUCUGUCAUCCUACCAUCAUCGUACAUAGGUAGUCCACGUCACAUGCAAGAAUACAUACAGGAUGCUAUGACCUUCGUACGUGAAUAUGGACGACCGUGCUUUUUUAUUACUUUUACAUGUAAUCCAAAAUGGCAGGAAAUUACAUCGUUAUUAUUACCUGGACAAAGUGCAAUACAUCGUCAUGACAGGGCAUGUGAACAUGCGCGUUCAAACGCUUCAGGAUCCAUCCGCCGAAACUUUUUCGAAACAGCUAUUAGAUAUUGGCAAUGGGAAAGUUGCCGUACAUGA